AUGGCCGUCGUGGCAACUGCAAUAUCGUCUCUCACCAAUUCUAGAAACUAUCAACCAGUGUCUGUCGAUGCGGACGCUGUGCCAGAAGAUGAAUUGGAAACUGUGACAUCGCCACCUACGCCAUUCUGGCAUUUGGUUGUUUCCUUCUGGAUGUUGGGAUUGCUCAACAAUGCCUCUUAUGUCAUUAUGAUUGCCUGUGCCAAAAAUAUAAGUGAGGGAGGAACAGCACUGGUUUUCUUAGCCAAUGUGGGGCCUUCGAUGAUGGUCAAGCUGAGUGCGCCUUAUUGGUUCGAUCAUGUCUCAUACAAGCAUCGCAUGUUCCUGGCCACAGUGGCAAUGGUGGGGAGCUUUUCCUUGGUGGCCUCCAAUAGUAGCGAAGACGCGGCAACAACAAGUUCUAGCAAAGUUGUUCUGGCGUGGAAGCUACUGGGAGUUGCAUUGGGGAGCUUGCAAAGUGGCUUGGGCGAGGCGAGCUUGUUGGCACUUGCCGGAAAGUGCGAUGGAGAAAAGUCUAGUUCAACGGACUCCAAACGUCAGUGUUUGACCUGCUUUUCGUCGGGAACCGGAAUGGCAGGAGUCUUUGGAUUUUUCUGGAAAUGGUUAUGGAAUGACCUGUUUGGUCUGCCGGUGUCGACCAUGCUGUGGUUUGCUAUGGUACUCCCAGUAGGAUAUUGGUAUACCUUUCGACAUGUGAUGAAAAUUGAAUCCCAACUACCACCCAUUGCAGUAGCUAGCGAAAGCUCUGUUCCCGAAGACGCAGCGCCCUCAGAAGAAAGCGCUCUAGCCAAUGAUGUCUCUUUAGAAGCGUCCGAUGCCCCCCAAAGGAUAGGACAUCGAACAAAGAUUGAGAAUAUGACGGCAUAUCAACGCUUUUAUUUUGUGGUGCGAUUGUGGCCAUACAUUGUGCCACUCUUCACAGUGUAUGCAUCAGAGUAUGCGUUACAAUCAGGAACUUGGACUGCGAUUGGUUUUCCGGUGGACGAUGUUAAAUCGAGGGACCGCUUCUUUCAAUUCAGCAAUUGGAUGUACCAAGCAGGGGUGUUCUUGUCACGAAGUAGCGGUACACUUUGGACUGCUCCAAUAUGGAUCUUGUGGCUAAUGCCUGGGUUGCAAUGCGUCAAUUUGGCCUUGUUCUCAUAUGUCGCAAGCCACGCCAGCACCACAUCACUCUACAACCCAGCAACUCUCUACUUUGGAGCCUUUUAUGCAGGUCUCUUGGGUGGUGCCUGCUAUAUCAACGCCUACACGCGGAUAUGCAAAGAUAUCGCUUUGGAGUACCAAGAGUUUGCAUUGAGUAGUACCAGCGUUGGAGAAUCCCUUGGUAUUGUAGUAGCGGACAUACUUGGAUUAUUCAUUCAAGCUUGCCUGUAUCGAACGAAUGGGCUAGAUGGAGCAAUUGUUCAGUGUCCGCUUUAA